CGACACCGCUAAUCUCGGUCCAGGUCCAGGUCUUCAUCCAGAUCAAGACACCCGAUCGCGCCAUGUGGUCCAGGUCCUCAAGGGUGGGCAUUUUCGCUCGGCCACAACUAUGACUUCUAUAUAUAUCUUGUUCGACCUCUCAUUCAUACAAUCACGGAGCUGAAGAUCAGUGAUCAGAACGGUGGCGCAGAAAACAAAGAUGGAGCGCACAAACGGGACAACGGCUUCGAGCCACGAGCAGCCAAAGAAAGUAUGGACGACGCUCAUCACCAACACGAAAUACCUCUCGGGGCUCUUGACACUCGACUACUCCUUGAAGAAGACGGGCUCAAGCUAUCCGCUCGUCGCUCUCUACACCGACACUUUCCCCGUCGAAGGACUGGAAGCCCUCAAGAGAAGGAAUAUUCCUGCAAAGCACAUCCCAUAUCUUCUACCCUCCGUGCCCAAAGAAUACGCCAACGAUCCGCGCUUCUAUGAUUGUUGGAGCAAGCUCACUCCAUUCAGUCUUGUCGAAUACGAACGGGUCGUACAAUUGGACAGCGAUAUGAUGGUGUUGAAGAAUAUGGAUGAGCUGAUGGAGUUGGAAUUGGAUCCCCUCGGGAUGAAUGGCGAUGGAAACAGAGUGUAUGCUGCCAGCCAUGCUUGUGCAUGCAAUCCUCUGAACAAGCCGCAUUACCCUCAACAUUGGGUCCCGGCGAAUUGUGCAUUCACUUCGCAGCACAACACGCCGGACGAUGCGCAGAUUAAUGGGCCACCCCCUACUGCGGGGAUAGGAAGUCCGAACGGGGGACUCGUCGUCUGCAAUCCGAGUCAAGGUGUAUAUGACAAGAUUCUUGAAGCCAUGAAAAAUGGCGAUCUGACGGGUUCAUACGACUUUGCAGAUCAAAGCUUGCUGGGAGACCGUUUCUAUGGUCGGUGGGUCGGGCUACCAUAUAUCUACAACGCCUUGAAGACGCUACGGUGGAAAGGCGUUCACGAUGCGAUAUGGCGGGAUGAUCAGGUGAAGAAUAUCCAUUACAUCCUGAGCCCGAAGCCAUGGGACCAGAAACCGGAGGAGACCGAGGAUGAGACACAUCGAUGGUGGCAGAAGAUGAAUGAUGAAAGGUUGAAGCAGGAGAAGGCUCUUGAUAUUGGAGAUGGAUUUUGAUCAUUUUAGAACAAUCAUAGACGGCCAUGAAUUUGGCGCUGGCAGGAGCAAUACCUGCAUUCCAGGGCGGGUGUUGGAGAGAGGUUGAUAGAUGCAUUUCCGGAUAUCCAAGCCAUAGUCAAGAGACUUUCCUUUCGUCCCA